UGUGAGUCGUCUGCUAAUGUCAAACAAGUGCAAUGUUGACUUCUAGUAAUAUUUUUCUUUUAUUAUGUAUACAAUUAUAAAAAAAAGUAAAUAUAAUAAAAAAAAACUAGUAGAAUAUUUUUGUUGUUAGUUGAAAUAAUUGUGAUUUAUUAUUUUGAAAUUUAAUAGAGAUUGCAGACACGUUAUUAACUUAAGAUUAGGUUAGUGCGAAUUAUUGUGAUUCGAAAAAAGAACAAGCAGACGAAACAAUUUAAAAUGUCUAUAUUAACAGUAUCGCGAUUAAUAAAACAAAAUAACAGCUUUCUUCAUUCUUUCAAUGUAGUUGCAAGAUUUGAAACAACAAAGAAGAGUGAAGAAAGUCCAAGAUUAAAAGAAUUUAGAAAAAAGUUACGUGAAAAGACACCAAUAGAAAAAUUGGAAGAAUUAGAAGAAGGUAAACAUCCGUAUCAGGAAAAAGAACCUUUGCAAGCAUUUCCAGAAAAUAAAAAUCCAGUUACUGGCGAAGUGGGUGGACCAAGAGGUCCAGAACCAACUCGUUAUGGUGAUUGGGAAAGAAAGGGGCGCGUUUCUGAUUUUUGAUAAAUAUCUUUAGUUUCUUUAGUCCAAUGAACUUAAAAAAAACAAUUUUUAGACUCUAAUUUCGAAUCACAUUUUUUUUAUUUUUUUGCUUAAAAUCUAAAUUAUUGCUUCUCAUUACAUUUUAGCGUAACAGUAGUUAGAAAAAAGAAAGUGGUAUGAAAAAGAAAAAAAAAUUUUUUUUACUAUAUUUUUCCUAAGCUUUUUUUUUAAUUAUUAAUUGGACGUUUAAUGGGUUUUUAUUUAACGUAUUUUUAGUUUAGAAAACUAUAAUUUCUUAAUGAAAAAAUUUAUAAAAGCAAAUAAUAAAUGUUCAAACAUAAAAAAUCUUGAUGUAAAACUACGAUUUAUCAUUGUUAAUAUGAAAUUUGUAUAAUUGUGUGCAUAGAUUAUAUUUUUGAAUAUAUAUUUGUUUGAAAAAAGAAAAUAGUAAAAAACCGUAUUUUUUGGAUGUGAAUCAUUUUCCUUUAGUUUUUUUUUUAAUUUUUUAAUAGAAUUUUUAUUUCACCGAAACUUCAUUUGCCAGAAUUUUUAUUUCACAGAGUCUAACAGUCAGGGAAAAGUCAUGGAAUUAAUUUUUUGUAUGGAAAAGUAAUAAAAUUUCAAUAAAUUUCUGAAAUUUUGUAACAAAUUAUAAAAAUUAGAGGAAAAACGCCGCCAUUUUAAUUUCUGCUCUACAGUUUUUCGUAGAAAUUUAGAAAAAACUGCGUCAUUUUAAUUUCUGCUUUAGUUUUAUAGUAAAAAUAGGUCAGAAAUUAAAAUUGCGUCGUUUUUGUUCUACUUUUGCGUAAAACUAGAGCAGAAAUUAAAAUGAGAAUUUAAUUGGCUGUACCAAAAAUUUCGUUCAAGCUUUUGCGUCUGUUAACUGAAUAAUUUGGUUCUCCAAACCAAACCGUCUGAAUGCUCAAUUGCGCAUGCGCUGUUCUCGUAAAUAUGUCACACGUUAACCAUGCUUCGCUCUUCGUGUCGUCCAGUUUUAUUCAAGUGUUUUCGGGAUUUUUAUGUGUUUCAGAAAUUCGGUAAAAAUGUGUGUGUAGUGAUGCAUAUCGAACAGAGAGAAUAAAGCUUGUUAAAAGAACGGAAGUUUUUCUCCAGCCUGUAUACUUUAUGCAAAUAAUUUACACUCACAUUGUCACUAGGAUCCUUAGUGUAGUGGUCAGCGUUCUUGAUUUGCGUUGCGUAGUCUGAGGGUUCGAUCCCCAGCAGUGUUAGGUUUUUCCGGAAUAGAAUUUAAUUUAAGUAGACAUAGAGUAAUAAAAGAGGAUAACAAAAGUGAUAAAAUUAAGUGAAAAAUAAAAAAUAUAAGUGUGAGCCAAAAAAUAAUUUGGUUGAGAAAAGAACAAAAUUUUUUUCAUUUAACUAAAUUUUUUGUUUGCUUAAAAACAAUAAGUUAGUUGUGCAAAACAAAAAAUUUGGUAGACCGAACAAAAUGAUUCAACGAAAAAAUUUAGUAGCCCGAACCAAACGGAUUAGUUGCACAUAUAUCAAAUAAAAAAUUUGGUUUGGAGAACCAAACUUCAGUCGAUGAUACCAAACAGUUUUCUCAGUGUAGGCAUAAAAAACUAAAAAAACGACGCCAAUUGUAAUUUCUGCCAUAUUUUUACGGAAAAAGUAUAGUAAAAAUUAAAAUUUAGCCGUUUUUGAACUUUUUUUACAAAAAAAAAACUAGGACAGAAAUUAAAAUGUCGACGUUUUUGCUCUAAUUAUUUGAAAAAGUAGGACAAAAAAGGCGCUAAUUUGAUUUCUGCUUUACUUUUUCGUAAAAAAUAGAGCAAAAAUUGCGAUAUUUUAAUUUCUGCUUUAGUUUUACUGAAAAAAUGUCUGCGUUUUUGUCCUACUUUUACGCAAAAAAGACAAAAAAACGAAUCUAUUUUAAUUUCUGACCAAGAUUUACGGAUUUGAGUCGCCGGAAAGUAAAACCACACAUAAAAUUCUGACUCCCAUUGAAUUAACAUGGCCGUCAGAAUUUUAUGUGUGGUUUUACUUUCCGGCGACUCAUUUUACCUAUUUUUGUUUUUUUUCGUAAAAGUAGAGCAUAAAUUAAAAUUGUACCCUUUUUGCUCUAUUUUUCCGUAAAACUAGAAUGGAAAUAAAACUUCCAAUUUCUAGUUUUACGGAAAAAGUAGAGCAGAAAUUAAAAUUGGGCCUUUUAUGUUCUAUUUUUCCGUAAAACUAGAGCAGAAAUUAAAAUGCCGACGUUUUUUUCUAAUUUCUCGUAGACAUAGGGCAUAAACAGAGCUAAUUUAAUUAUUGUCAUAGUAUUACAGAAAAAAUAGAGCAGAAAUUAAAAUUGCGCCGUAUUUGCUCUACUUUUUCGGAAAACUAUAGGGCAAAAAUUAAAAUGCCGACGUUUUUGUUUUAAGUUUUUGUAAAUAUAGGACAUAAACGGCGCUAAUUUAAUUUUUGUCAUCGUUUUACGGAAAAAAUAGAGCAGAAAUUAAAAUUGCGCCGUUUUAGCUUUACUUUUCCGUAAAAGUAGAACAUAAAGUUUUGAUUUGUCUUUUUCAUUUAUGUCCUUAAUAUAAUUAGAAUUAAGCAGAAUAAAAUCUUGAGGUUUGCAGCUCGACUCCUUAACAUACCUUUUGACAUACGCGCUCAUGAUUACAACGAAUUACGUACUGUCAUGGGAGUCCCUUUGCUGACCUAUAUAGAUUCUUGUAUAAUGAUAUGGCAUUUCUUUAUAAGUUAAUGAAUGGAGCUAUCUAUAUUGUCCUUCACUUUUGCUAAUGGUAAAUCUCUCAGUGCCUAGAAAAAUUACAAUGGCAUUACACAUUAUUUUCUGCAUCUUUUCAUAGAACUAUGGUAAUAAUUCUUUAAUUGAUACGAUAAGCAGAGAAGCAAAUAUGAUAGCGGAUGAAUUGGACUUGUUUGAUAGUAAUGCGGUCAGAUUUAAGUUAGCUUAAAUUUUGGAAAAGAAAAUUGUUCUUUAACAAAUGACAACAAAUUUAUUAUUAAUGUACGUAUAUAUCUACAUUUGUUUGCUUUUUUGUCAUUCAUUCACAUACACACAUACACACACUUCCCAAAACUUUUUCAAAAACAUACGCAAUUUAAGUAGUUAUUACAUUUUGGGAAUUCUUAAAUUUUAUCAUUUAUGAUUAAACAUUAAAUAAUAAACUAUUUUCAACUAUUUUUUAUAUAAGAACUCUCAAAAAAUAGAUUUCCAGUUAUUUACAUUGUACAUUAAAUUUAUUAAUAAAGAAGAGCAAGAAAAACACAAUUUUCAGAAAUAGAAAUCUCUUCAUUAUUUUUCCCC